AUGAGGAAGAGGGAGAGGGAGAACCCGUGCGGCGUGUGCGGGCACUAUCACAAUCACGAGGAGGGGGAGGUUUGUGGGAUAUGCGGGCACCGGCCGGUGGUGUCGGUGGAGAGGACGGCGGUGCAUCCGGUGAGCAGUGCGUUCCCCUCUGAGAUCCUCAAGGACUUUCUCUACCUUGGCAGCUACGACAACGCUUGCAGGGGGGAGCUGCUAAGGACGCAGGGCAUCUCCCGCAUCCUUAACGUGAGUCACACGGAUGCCCUUAAUUUGCUGUGAGAAUCGGAUUUCUCGUUUCUAUUAUCCCAUUUUAGCUAUGCGGGAUCGAUCAUCCGCGUGCUUGAAUUUAGUGUGUUGAUUCAUUAUCCUUAAAUGGUGAAUCUGAAUGUAGUUAUCGAACAUCAAAUAAUAUAGUUUACUGUAUGUUCCAGCAAGUUAGGGGCCCUAUACAUGCAGAACUUGACGGCUGGUGUCCAUUCAGUAUAAGCUUCCGAUCAAGCCGCCAGCAUCCUAGACAUUACCACUGAGUAGAAAAAAAAAAGAAAAAUAGCGAAGAAGAUGGACACUUCCAAGGAAUUACUUUCUACUUAUCACUUUGCAUUGUACCGAAGCUCCAAUUGAGAUACUUUCAUUUUCUAAACUUAACUUUUACGCGCUCUUCUAGUAUGAGGACAAACAGGAGGCAGGAAAAACAUCUUGCACUUUCCUUUAUUUUACUCUUAUUAGUUCGUUUAACCAAGCCAGGAAAUAGUGGCAGUCGCCCACAAGUUUUUUUAUCAAUAAUGGCAGAACAUUUUUGUGGAAAUCUCAACGGUUGUCUCAGGAAAUAAAUUGAUAAGAGUUCCCUAGUCAGCAAGAUGGCAUCAGGUCAUUGAAUUCGGGGCAGUCAAUCUCAAAAAGGAUGGUCGAAUUGUCUUAUCUGAUGAGACUCAGCAUCAACUCAGAUUAGUCAUUAACUCAGCAACUGAAAGAAAAAAGAAUCUUCGAUCUGAACAACCAUGUUUUUGUGUUUCUUUCAACCUUUCAGCUUAUACUUACUGAAAACCAGUUUAAGAGUUGAUUGCUAUUGUCGAAUGAUUUUUAUUCCCGUUUGGGCAACUUUAACCUUGACAAGAGAAAGAAGAAGAAAAGGAGGAGACGGAAGAGAUUGAUGCAUCCAAACGUAAAGCGGUAGAUGGGGUGGCAAGUAGGUGCAAACCUCUGAUGUUACCUUCUUGGCAGACAGCCGUGGGGCAUGGAAUUGGGGGGUGGUUGGCUUGAGCUGGACUUGUUCGUAGUUAAGGGAGGGUUCUGACUUUUAGAGCCUCACUCAGCCUAUACUGGCCCUGACCCACUCUAAACAGCAUAAAACAUAUGAAUAUGGACCUUGACCUAAUCUAUCCGGACAAUGAGUUUUUGCACCCAUGAUUUUAGAUCAGGUUUGCCAAUGCAUUUCCGAAAUGCCAAUAAUUUGAAGGUGUGGACUUUAUAUACCAAUACUUCGGUGACAUGUUUCCAAGAAUUCUUUUCUUAUUGAGACAUAUUGACACAUAUUUCCAAGAUAGUUGCUCUGUUCUUAGCCAUUUAGGCCAUUUACCAAGCCUAAAAAAAUGAUAUAGCCAAGGUUCAUUGCAGGGUGCUUUGAGAAUACUUCCAGCCCUUGAGGCGAAAAAUUCUCAACUUGAGUAACUCAAGAUGAGGGUUUUGUGAGCCAUUCUGAAUUCACAUGAGAUGACUUAGUUUUCAGUUUGAGUUUCAUAUUCUUAGGGAUGGGUUGUGUCAGUCUGGUCAUGUUGAGAUUGAACGUCUUUGUUAGAGCUCAAAUCUUAUGCCAUCAGAAACCAGGCCUCUUCUCCAGACACAUUCUGAUGUAUACAAACUUCUUUUUACCCUGCGAUCUAUUUUUUCGCCAGGUGGGUUUUCAAAAGAUAGUGGUCAUACUAAAAGUCAUGCAUUUAACGUACAAAAUUUUAUUUGGAGAAUGAUAUGUAUUUGAAUCUUAGGAGCUCAUAGUCAACGAUAAUGUCAUAUUGGCUACACUAUUAUAUCUGUAAUCAAAGAAGCAUUGGCAACUCUGAAUUUUUUUAUUUCCUUUUAGUUGUUGCGGAACCCAAGAGUCAAUAAGAAACUUUCAUCAAGUACCUAGAUCCUUUCCGUAAAUCAGUUCAAAUUCAUUUCAAUUUUUUUUAUUGUUGUAUAAUAUCAAGUUAAUAAAUAAAUAAAUAAAUGUUAAACGUGUUUUGAGUUGAAUACAGUUGCUUACUUCAAAUGCACUACUUACAUUGUUGAGUUUGAAUUUUUGAGCUCUGAGUUUUUUUUGUGCUAUUUAUUUAUGCUUUCAAACAAGGGGUGGGAUUGCCACAUUCCUCUGAAUAUUCGAGUGCAUGCUCUUGCAGCUAUCAUUUUGUUUUGAGUGUUUGAAUUCGUGCUUUCUUAUGCUAUUUUGUUUGAACCUGUGCAGACUGUUCCUGCUUGCCAGAAUCUAUACAAGAAUUCCUUCACAUACUACUGCCUCCAGGAUGACAAAGUCUUGCCAUUCAAUGAUGCAAUCCAAUUUCUAGGUACUAUUCCCUAUCAAUGGAUGUAUUUACACCAAGCGAUAUCAAAUUAUAAAGUCUAUGGCCAGAUUUAUUUUCUUAUGAGGGUCAUCAACUUAAUUUUGAUCUGUAAUAGUUUGCUUCGAGUAUUUAUUUAUUUAUUUUGCAUAUAUGUGUUUUAAGAUAUAUUUAUUUAGAUAUAUAAUUCAAUUCCUCCUCAUUAUGUUGAAAACUCCUCAUCAUGUUUAAAUUACUGCUGACUUAUGUUUUCUUGUCCAAGCAUGAAAAGAAAAGCGUGGCACUCUUUUGAAUAAGGCAUAGCUGUUCAUAACAAAGCAUGUGCAUUGCAGAUAUGCACCGAUACCAUUUCGUCAGUCAUUGUCCUUAGGGGGGGGGGGGGUUCUGAAAUAAGGGAAUUCACUGCCUUAUUUGAAGAUGUUUGGAUGGGCUACAUAAUUAGGGCUGCUUAAAGGUGACAUAAAUUUUUUGCUCCGGCUUUCACACCUGAUUAAAUAGAUCUACUGCUUGUUGAUGGUGAAGAGGAACUUUUGAUUUGUGUCCCCGUGACUGGACGGUUCACAUGUGUUGCUCAUGCGGAUUAUGGGGGCGAAAGAAUCAAAGCUAGGAGAUGAUAAUAUUUCAGUAAAGUACCAUGCAGAGGAUGGGGAAGUCAACCUCUUGCUACUACUAUCACUAGAAUAGUGUUUUAGUGGAUGCCAUGAUCUGGUGUAGCAGAGGAAGUCGUUUCUUACUACGGCUUAGAAGGAUUGGUCGUUGCUGAUUUACUGCUUUUUACCUGAUGAAUUAAGGGGAUAAAUGAUGGUAGAUGGACAAGAUUCAGGUAAGAAUUUACGAGAUCUUUUGAAGUAUUGAGACCAGUUCAAUAUUAGGUAUGAAAAUUGUGCACUUGACGCAUUCCAUGACUUGAGAAUAAUAUCAUGCAUCUUUCUUACCGAAAUGAUGCUGCAUGUAUGAUAACUACGAUCGGUUGAAUCGUCCUGCAUUGAAUCAGAUAAUUAAAUCCCAUGUUGAAAAAAAAUACAUGUGAACCCAAUUUUAUUGUUGGUUUCCAUGUCCAUCCUAUGAUGAGAAACUUUAUUAAUCCUACAUGUGACCCAUUUAUUUCUUUCACUGUGUUCUUUACUAUAAAAAGCCUCAUCUCAUCAAUCUGGCGUCAGAUAAAUACCACAGAAAAUCCCAGAGACAUGAACAUGUUCCCAUCCAUUUGGGUUCAAUGUGGUUUCUCAAUCCCAAAUGGCGUGGUUGGUUUGCUUCUUUGGGGAAAAAACGCUUGCUUAAUCACACUUAUUUUGUCAAUUCCUGUAGAGCAAUGUGAGCGGGACAAGGCGCGCGUUCUUGUUCACUGCAUGUCCGGAAGAAGCAGGUGGGUGGGUUUCUUGCUAAGUUGUCGUUUAUAUCGAAUCUUUCAGAUUAUCCGUCCCAUAAAGCUUACAGAUUAUCAUUUAUGAUUCGUACAGGUCUCCGGCUACUGUGAUAGCCUACUUGAUGCAGAGCAGAGGGUGGAGGCUCGCACAGAGUCUGAAUUGGGUGAAGGAGAGGAGACCCUCCGUUGACUUGUUUCCAGGUACGAGAAAGCGGUCAACCGUAUUUUUCUUUGUACAAGAGUCUUCAGGAUCCAGCUUCUGUUCUGUCGGAAAAUAAUACAACCAAACGUAUCAUUCUCAGUUGACUUUUUCCCAGGUGAUAGAAGUUAUCGUGUAAAUUUCAUAUAAAAUGCUCGAUAAGGAAAAUCGAUUUGUUUAUACGAAUACGCAAUUAGAAAAAGAAAAUUCAUUUUUUGUGAUUAUUUGUGUCCGUAGGGGGUCUUCUCUGUGAAAAAUGUUUUUUUAUCUCCGCCAUGUUCAUGGAAUUUGUGUUCCUCUGCUGCAGCUGUUUAUCAGCAACUGGUUGACUUCGAGCAGAAGCUAUUCGAUCCAGCCCAGAGCUUUUCUUCAAUGGGUUCAGCCCCAGCCUUCGGCUUAGGGAUCCCCAAACCGGUUCAUCCUGCUGCCGCCACCACUGCCACCGCCACCGCUGCCACUGCGGCUGCUGCUGCUCCGCCACCGGCGUUCAUCCAGACGCCAUCGGCGUCCAUCUUUGACCGUGGGUCUCCCCCAAACGGCUCCCCCGGGGAGUUUGUCUUCCGGGCCGGGCUGAUGAGCCAGCAGAGGGUCAACGCCCCCAGCACCUUUGGGGUCAACGCCGCCACCGGGGCAGAAGCCCCAAUGGACAGCUGCUAG